AUGGUGCUUGCUGGCUGGAGCGCAUCUGUUGUCGUGGCUCAAGAAAUCGUUUACGUUACUGAUCUUUCCAUCUUCACCGUUCUGGCUCCCUGCGCAGCGUCUGCCCUCUCCUACAACAUCCAGACGCAGACAUACGACAACUGCCCCGAAGCCGUGACCGACCUGCAAUCAUGCGUCUGCACCAAGGACGGCAACUCCAGGUCGGUCUCUGCCGGUAUCGUGAGUUCUGUCAGCUACAGCUGCGGACCAACAGCGUCUUCCGACCAGGCUAGCGCCGCCAGCGUCUUCGAAGCCUACUGCGAUCAAGAUGCUAUCACCCCGUUCCCUACGCCGUCAAUCGCGGUCACGCAGUAUAUCACCGACCUGUCGGCUUGGCAGGAGCUUGCGCCGUGUGCGGCGAGUGGUGUCUCGGAAGCUGUUCAUAAGUUCGACUUCGACCUGACUCCCCCAGGCACGCAGAGAUCUGACCCCCAAGCAAAGACGUUAGAUCUCUGUCCCGGAGACCCCAGCCUUUUAGCUACAUGUGCUUGCGAUAAGGACCAGAACUCUCUGCGAGCUAGUCAAGUGAUCAAUACUUCGGUGAAGUACUCGUGCCUCUCGCACACAGCAGACGUCGAGUCGGCCCAGGCAGUGUUUGCCGGCUACUGUGGCUUGGUGGGCGGUACUACCUCGUUCCCUGAGACGACGGAUCCUCCGGGAGACAUGACCUACUAUAUCACGGCACUGCCCGAGUACGCCUCACUGGCCCCAUGCGCGCAAUCCGCAGUGUCAUACGGCGUUCUAAGUCAAACAUAUGACCUCUGCCCCGGCGGUCCCAAGGCUCUGGCCUCGUGCGUCUGCCUCCGAGAUGACAUGUCCGACUUCGUAUCCAGCGUCAUCACCUCGGACGUGAAGUAUUCCUGCGAGUCUACCGCGUCGGAGGACAUCACCUCUGCGCUCGACGUGUUUGGUCUCUAUUGCAGCGCCGCCAAGGGCGUCGCUACGCCUGCUGGAGUCACUGAGUCUAUCGAGCAGACGGCUGCUACUGGCAAUAGCGGCACAGCUGCCACUGGGAAUAGUGGCGUCAAUGGACCCACGGAGACCGGAGGGUCUGGUUCAGGAGGCUCGACAGGAUCUGGCGGAUCUGGAUCUGGCAGCUCUGGUAGUAACUCUGGUGGCUCAAGCGGCGGUUCUGGGAGCGGAGGCACAUCGUCGAGGGCAGGCGGCGGAUCGCACGUCGGCGCCAUAGUAGGAGCGGUAGUCGGCGUGCUCGUCGCUCUUGCCCUUGCGGCUGUCGUCUUCUGGUUCUUCAGGCGCCGUUCCAGAGCCGCGAAGGCUCAAGCCAGUCAGCCCGCUGCCAUGCCCACUGGUCACGACAGCGGCGCUGGCAAACCGGAACUUGACAGCACAGCCGUCGCUCCACCACCACCGGCUGUCAGUCCAAGCGCGAGUACCCUGAAGACUAACACUCCCAUGCGAGCCGACAACGUAUCGCCUAUAUCUGGCUACAGCUCGCCGCAGACGUCGGAACUGCAGGGACUUGGUAAUGCUCAUGGACAGUACCCGCCCCCGCCGCCGCCCGUACCGCAGGUGUCGGAGCUGCAUAGCCAGAACAUGCACUCGCAGACGUCGGAACUUCAGGGGCAGGGCGCGCAUGCGACGGCUAGUCCCCAUGGUCAGACAACGCCGCAGGAGGCGCAUGGACGGCCGGUGUUCGAGGCACCUGGACAGGGUCGACCUCCGGUACCUGAGGCACAUGGCCAGCCCAGGUCUGAGCUUCAGGGUAUGGGAUGGCAGGCCGGGCCUGUUUCUCAUCUGCAUGAGAUGGAUGGGGGGUAUGGGGGACAUCAGCAGUCUCAGGCGCGGUGA